GUGUGUGUUUGAAAAUGGAGGUGGAAGAUGCAGACUGCCAGCCCCGAUGUGCCUCAUGUUCGCGGCUCCCGUGCACCACGUACCGCUGCCGCCAGCGCUGAGGGGAGACGGCGGCGCCCCCCGCCCGCCGACACGGAGCCCGCCCCGGAGACAGCGUCGCCCCGGGGCUUUUCAUGCCUUGUUGUUGUUGUUGUUGCCGUUAAUACAUCUUGAAUAUCUGGUGUAUUUUUGGUGUGGUUGCUCCGGAAGAUCAACACCCAGGGACCUCAAAAACCCCUCCGGUUUGCCAGUCCGAAGGGUCUUGUGUUAUUUUUUUCUUCAUUUCUUGAGGCAACGUGGAUUUAUUUAUCCAGCCCCGCUUACUCGUCCGCCUUUUUGCCUCCUUCGAUAUUUUUAGAGGACGGAGAGAGAAAGGAAAACGAACAAUUUUGGACUCUUUUUGCCGUUGUUUUUGUUUUCGGAAAGGGGGAUUUUGUCCAAUUAAAAAAAGAGGAAUGAAGUCUGGCGCUGGAGGAGGGUCCCUCGCCGUCGUCUGGGGGUUUCUGCUCGUCUUCGCCGCACUUUGUCUGUGGCCAACAAAUGGGGAAAUUUGUGGGCCAAAUGUUGACAUUCGCAAUGACAUCCAUGAGCUGAAACGCCUGGAGAACUGUACGGUGAUCGAGGGUUUCCUGCAGAUUCUGCUCAUCUCGAAAGCAGAGGAUUACCGCAACUUCCGCUUCCCAAAGCUCACUGUCAUAACUGACUACUUGCUGCUGUUCCGUGUGGCAGGCUUGGAAAGCCUCAGUGAUCUCUUCCCCAACCUCACAGUCAUCCGUGGGAGGAACCUCUUCUACAACUAUGCCUUGGUUAUCUUUGAAAUGACCAAUCUUAAAGAGAUUGGGCUUUACAACUUGAGGAACAUAACCCGCGGGGCCAUACGGAUUGAGAAGAACUCUGACCUGUGUUACCUCUCCACAGUGGACUGGUCUCUCAUCCUAGAUGCGGUGUCCAAUAACUACAUCGUUGGGAAUAAACCUCCAAAGGAAUGUGGGGACUUGUGUCCAGGAACAAUGGAAGAGAAGCCAUUGUGUGAGAAGACAUCUAUUAACAAUGAGUACAACUACCGCUGCUGGACCACCAACCACUGCCAGAAAAUGUGCCCCAGCUCAUGUGGCAAGCGAGCCUGUACAGACCAAAAUGAGUGUUGCCACCCCGAGUGCCUGGGGAGCUGCACGGCACCCGACAACAACACGGCAUGCGUGGCCUGCCGCAACUACUACUACGAGGGAGUCUGCAUGCCCACCUGCCCUCCCAACACCUACAAGUUCGAGGGCUGGCGCUGCGUGACCAAAGAGUUCUGCUCCAAAGUCCCUGCCACCGAAACAAGUGAAUACGAGAGGUUUGUGAUUCACAACGAUGAGUGCAUGGCAGAGUGUCCCUCCGGAUUCAUACGCAAUGGGAGCCAAAGCAUGUUCUGCAGUCCUUGUGAGGGGCCUUGCCCCAAGAUUUGUGAGGACGGGAAAACAAAGACCAUCGACUCUGUCACAUCAGCACAGAUGUUGCAGGGAUGCACGAUUCUCAAGGGAAAUCUGCUGAUCAACAUCCGUCGUGGAAAUAACAUUGCCUCAGAACUGGAGAAUUUUAUGGGUCUGAUUGAGACAGUAACGGGGUACGUGAAGAUUCGUCAUUCCCAUGCAUUGGUCUCCCUGUCUUUCCUGAAGAACCUGCGGUAUAUUCUGGGAGAGGAACAGGUGGAUGGGAAUUAUUCCUUCUACGUGCUUGACAACCACAAUCUUCAGCAGCUGUGGGACUGGAACCAUCAUAACUUGACAAUCAAGGAGGGGAAGAUGUACUUUGCAUUUAACCCUAAACUGUGUGUUUCUGAGAUUUACCGUAUGGAGGAAGUUUCAGGAACCAAGGGGCGACAGAGCAAAGGAGAUAUAAAUCCGAGGAACAAUGGGGAGAGAGCCUCUUGUGAAAGCCACAUUCUGCGUUUUGUUUCCAACACUACGCUCAAGAAUCGGAUUAAACUGACAUGGGAACGGUAUCGCCCUCCAGAUUAUAGAGAUCUCAUUAGCUUCACUGUUUACUACAAAGAAGCACCAUUCAAAAAUGUGACAGAGUACGAUGGGCAAGAUGCGUGUGGCUCCAAUAGCUGGAACAUGGUUGAUGUUGACCUGCCACCGAACAAAGAGAACAAUCCUGGAAUUCUACUGCAGGGACUGAAACCUUGGACUCAAUACGCCAUUUAUGUCAAGGCUGUUACCCUCACAAUGAUGGAAAAUCAUCAUAUUCAUGGAGCAAAAAGUGAAAUUGUAUAUAUCCGAACCAAUGCUGCAGUGCCAUCCAUUCCCUUAGAUGUUAUUUCAGCAUCCAAUUCCUCAUCCCAGCUGAUUGUGAAAUGGAAUCCUCCCUCUCUUCCCAAUGGCAACCUCUCGUACUACAUCGUACGAUGGCAGCAGCAACCUCAGGACAGUUACCUUUACAGACACAAUUACUGCUCCAAAGAUAAAGUCCCAAUUCGAAGAUAUGCUGAUGGGACCAUUGAUACAGAAGAAGCUACUGAACCCACCAAGCCAGAGGGCUGUGGGGGAGAAAAAGGACCUUGUUGUGCUUGUCCCAAGACAGAGGCAGAAAAGCAAGCUGAGAAGGAGGAAGCAGAGUACCGCAAAGUCUUUGAGAACUUCCUUCACAACUCCAUCUUUGUCCCCAGACCCGAUCGGAAGCGGAGGGACGUGUUCCGAAUCGCAAAUGCCACUUUGGCCACUCGGAACAGGAAUGCGACUGGGACAGAUCACUUCACCAAUGUUUCUGACGCAGAGGAGAGUGAGGUGGAAUACCCCUUCUUUGAGACCAAAGUGGAUGGCAAGGAGAGAACUGUCAUCUCCCAUCUCCAGCCUUUUACUCUUUACCGCAUUGAUAUUCACAGCUGCAACCACGAAGCCGACACACUUGGUUGUAGCGCUUCCAACUUUGUCUUUGCAAGAACCAUGCCUUCAGAGGGAGCAGAUAACAUUCCAGGAACGGUAGCAUGGGAAGCAAAAGAAGAAAAUACCGUCUACCUGAAGUGGUUAGAGCCUGCAAACCCCAAUGGGCUGAUACUAAUGUAUGAAAUCAAAUAUGGGCAGCACGGAGAGGAGAAGCGGGAAUGUGUUUCCAGGCAGGAAUACAAGAAGCUUGGAGGAGCUAAACUAACCCACCUGAACCCUGGAAACUAUUCUGCUAGAGUCCAGGCCACUUCAUUAGCGGGAAAUGGGUCAUGGACUGAGCCAGUCUCUUUCUAUGUGCAACCCAAAUCAGCAAACUAUGGGAACUUCCUGCAUUUGAUAAUCGUGCUCCCUAUUGCUUUCCUGCUCAUCAUUGGGGGAUUGCUGAUUAUGCUGUACGUCUUUAACAAAAAGAGGAACAGUGACAGGCUGGGCAAUGGAGUGCUGUAUGCUUCCGUGAACCCCGAGUACUUCAGUGCUUCAGACGUGUAUGUUCCAGAUGAAUGGGAGGUGCCCCGUGAGAAGAUCACCAUGUGUCGGGAGCUUGGUCAAGGCUCCUUUGGAAUGGUGUAUGAGGGAAUAGCCAAGGGAGUGGUGAAGGAUGAGCCAGAGACCAGGGUGGCCAUCAAGACUGUCAAUGAGUCUGCAAGUAUGCGUGAGAGGAUAGAGUUCUUAAAUGAGGCCUCGGUGAUGAAGGAGUUCAAUUGUCACCAUGUGGUUCGGCUGCUUGGUGUUGUUUCUCAGGGCCAGCCUACACUGGUUAUUAUGGAGCUGAUGACACGUGGGGACCUCAAAAGUUACCUGAGAUCAUUGAGGCCAGACACAGAGAAUAAUCCUGGCCAGGCCCCUCCCACUCUGAAGAAGAUGAUUCAGAUGGCAGGAGAGAUUGCUGAUGGGAUGGCAUACCUCAACGCCAACAAAUUUGUUCACAGAGACCUUGCUGCGAGAAACUGCAUGGUGGCAGAAGACUUCACAGUGAAGAUUGGAGAUUUUGGCAUGACAAGAGAUAUCUAUGAGACAGAUUAUUACCGUAAAGGAGGGAAAGGUUUGCUGCCUGUCCGCUGGAUGUCCCCAGAAUCACUGAAAGAUGGAGUCUUCACCACGCACUCCGAUGUCUGGUCUUUCGGUGUCGUACUUUGGGAGAUCGCGACGUUAGCGGAGCAGCCCUACCAAGGCAUGACCAAUGAACAAGUGCUCCGCUUUGUGAUGGAAGGAGGCCUGCUGGAAAAACCAGACAACUGUCCCGAUAUGCUGUUUGAACUGAUGCGCAUGUGCUGGCAGUACAACCCCAAAAUGAGACCCUCCUUCCUGGAAAUCAUCGGUAGCAUUAAAGAUGAGCUGGACCCAGCGUUCAAAGAGGUCUCCUUCUUCUACAGUGAAGAGAACAAGCCUCCGGACACAGAGGAGCUUGACCUGGAGACUGAAAACAUGGAGAGCAUUCCUUUAGAUCCCUCCUCCACCCUCCAACCCACUGACAAGCACUCAGGACACAAAGCCGAGAACGGCCCAGGCGUGGUGGUGCUUCGGGCCAGCUUCGAGGAGCGACAGCCGUACGCACACAUGAACGGGGGACGCAAGAACGAGAGGGCCUUACCGCUGCCCCAGUCGUCGGCCUGCUGAUCCUUAACAGCCAGAAUCUCACAACACGGAGCAACACCUGCAUUGGGGGAAGAAAGAAAGGAAAUCACAAUGUGUUCAAACAGCCUACUGUACCUCAGUGGAUCUUCAGAACUGCCAUAGCUGCACUUGGGAGAACCCUUUUUUCAGUAAAACAAGUUGUCGUGGUUUUUUUUUUUCGAUAUGCAAGCAGAUGUUUGUUUCAGUCCAGGACUCCAUUCAUGGGGCGCACAGUUGGCCUUUUAAAACUCUGAUGUUAACACUUCAUAGCAACAGAAAACUUGAGAUCUGAUGUCUCGCUCUUUCUCCUUUCUCUCUCUUUUCUUUCUGUCUCUCUCUCUCUCUCUCUGCUUCAUAAUGGGAAACAUAUCUGCGUGCAAGUUCAACCGUACAGCACUUUUGUCAGAUCAAAGAUAGCGCAGGCCGGGGGGGCUCCGGGACCCUCCAGGCACCUGCCUGACACUGUAGGUCUUUAUAGAAAAAAACAAACAAACAAAAACCCCACACAAAAAGAAAACUCAACUAAAAAAGACUGGAUUUUUAAUGUUGCUCUUUAAUCUUUUUAGGAACACGUAAAAGAAUAAAAAGGGCCAUCAUUCGUCCAAGGUUGUUCCCAUUUUCAACGCUGCCAAAUUUUGCCAAAAAAAACGCCUGAACUCUCUUGUUUUUUGUUUUUUUGGGUUUUGUUUUUGUUUUGUUUUUGUUUUGUAGGCAUGAAGGAGCACAGUAAUCAACUGCUCUGUCUAAAAGAGAUCCUGACCAAUACGUUCUGUUCAAUCAUACACUGGUAUUUAAAACAGAAAAAAAAAAAAAAUCUUAAAAAAAAUAAUGAAAUUGUCGAGAUCUUUUUUCAAAACUGGACAAAAUGUGAUUAUUUUCUUUUCUUGUGAUGGAGAAGAUAAAAGGGAUGGGGUAGAGAAACAGCCCUCCCUGCCCCCGUGCCCCCAUCCCGAUCAGUUCUGGACAAAACUGGCAGUGGUGAGCUAAACCAACACGUGCAUUUCGUACACAACAAAAGGCAACCGCACGCCAAAACCGACCCAGGAGAAACCUGAAAGGAGGCGGCAGAGAUCUCCGGCGUGGCAGCCUGCCCUCCCGCACAGGCUCGCAGGAAACACCACCUACGGAACAUCGAUUGGAGAAGACACAAAAAAGCAGUAACCGGAUUCAAGUACAUGAUGCUUUGUUGACCUUUUCUCUUUAUUAUUAAGACUUCUCGAAGGGUCUUGCAGUUCUAUGUUAGACCAUGGAUCAUUUGCAUACACAUUGUCUUUUGUGUCACUUUUAUAACUUUUUUACGGUUCAGAUACUCAUCUAUAUGUCUGUACAGAAAAAAGCUGCUAUUUUUUUUGUUCUUUAUCUUUGUGGAUUUAAUCUAUGAGAACCUUCAGGUCUGCCCUCCUUCCCUCCCCUCCCACUUCAACAGAUUUUCUUAUGCUUUGUACUAUAGUGUGUAACUCUUUACUUCCUCCUUCCCAGUAACUGAUACCUUUCAUAUGAUUUGCCAUGAACUGUUUAAUGCCUUUUUAUAAAUACAUUUCCUCCUCUUUUUUUUUUUUAUUUUAGUUUUUUAUUUUUAUUUUGUUUUCUCCUCUCCAUUAGUUGUUUUACAACAUCUUGGCUGUGUGGGCUACAGGGCUUUUGAGGGGGACAUGGAGAAAGAAGGGGGACACCCUGCACGGAAACAACUCGAGCAGUGCUGUGGUGUGUUGAAGUCCCGGUUUUCCUUCCUUCCCACUAUCCUCUGCCCAGGCAGCGUGCGAGGCUCUUACAGUGCAAGGCAUGAUACAAACUCAGGUCAGAAAAAAAAAAAGAAAAAAAAAAAAAAGGUUAAAUAUUUAGUACAUUCUUGUUCAGUGUUUAUAGUCAUUGUUGUACAAGGGUCCUUCCCCUCCUUCCCUCCCCGCUUGUUUUGGUUGCGGCACACAUCCACCCGCCCAUCCCCACACACACUCCCCCCACACAGACACACAUAUAUAUAUGUAUUUUGUUUUGUAUUUGUUGGGUACAACAGCAGACACCAGGCUUUUGGGUCACUGAUUUUUACAAAGACUAUUUUGAACCCUUCUACCCUGUGAGUAAGAGCUGUACCGGUUGCAGCUGGUGAUGCCAGGCAGCCUUAGGGUGGCCACUGAAGCUCCAGCAAGCCCCAGCUCUUCACUUUCGUGAUGAGGAAGCCCUCGGGGAGGGCCCUCAGGCUGCACUUCGCACCCUGGGGAAGAGAAAUGACACCAAAACCAACUGGAACCCAGCAGGCUGUUUCCAUGGGGCUGGGUGGACAGAGUGCAGCUGGGGCCAGUGGCUUGGCUAGCAAACAGUUCAGUGUUGGCAGCUAUGGAAACCUGUACAAGUACAAGCUUGUUGCUUAAAUCUUAGACCAAACCUCAGAACAAAAGAAAACGAGUAAGCUUGUUUGUUCAGUUGCAGAAGCCUUGGUGACAGGGGAAGGAGGGGGCCACCAGAAAGUCUGCAACCACCGAGUCAUACCAGUUGCUCCUCUUAACGUUAGUUACAGCAUCUAAGCCUUUGUUUAGCACUGAUCCAACCAAACGAUGGCAGUGAAGAGGUGGUUCUGGGAUGGAAAUGCUUCAAUCUUUUUGAGUAAGAACAAAGAAUUAAAAUAGACUGAUUGCUAGUUUUGACUGGAGAUUUGAAAAAGUUUGUAGUGCUUUUUGCUUGUGUAGUUUAGGUCCCAUUAUCUUCUCUUACCUCUGUCCCAUAGUUAUUUUUCCCUUUUAAAAAUGAAAAAAGACAAAAAAGUUAAUUAAGAAGGUAUUCUAUGUAGGAUUUUUUAUUUAUUUUUGUGAUAUCAGUUUAAAUCACUGUAGAGAUGCCCCAUAAUAAAUUUAAAUACUGAGAUAAGGGUUUUUGAGUAUGACGGGGACAGUUUUUGAUUUUUUUUCAAACAUUUAUCUACCUCACUCUUAUUUUUUUAUAUGUGUGUAUAUAAAAAAGAAUACAUCUCACAUUUCUCAGCAGCCAAUAAAUGCCGUUGAUACUGGUAACCUCUCACUCCAUAUACCACAUGCUCUAGGUUCUGGAGGGGAACAGUCACUGCCUGUCACAAAGGGUCACUUCAGAAUAUUUGCCUCCAUUCCAAGGAGUUUUUCCAGUUCUUUGGCUCAGAUUCAUUACUGUGAGGAGGAAUCCCAGGGCUGUCUGACUUAGGGUGACCAUUCUUGAAGGAAACAUGAGGGCUUUUUAAUGCGCUCUCCUGGCAGUCCUCAGGUCAGCAACAAAAUGCUGUGUGGUUUGAUGAGUUGGAGACACAGCUGACCUGAUACGAGGACUUCAAAUCAUGAGUAUUUGUUGAAAUCUGUUACAGAAAUCGGUUGAUUACAAUGUUUGAAGGCCCAGAAUUGUAGAGUGAAGGGAAUGGUCUUUCUGUUUGUCCUGCAGAAUGGGCUCAGUCAUGCUGGAUUUUCCUCAGAUUCCACAAGCACCAAAAAGAUAUUUGGCUGAAUCAGCACCUAAAAAUGAAUUGGCUCGUACAGCAACAGCAUUGCUGGCUUGACCAAGAAACCUGCCCCAGGCUGCCUGGUGAUACUGCUACAUCGAGUUUACAGCUUCGGAUCUUUGCUGCUUCUGUUUCAUGAGAGCACUGAUGAUUUUUUUCGAAACGAACGUUGAAUUGAUUUCUCUUAAUGUGCCAGUAAAAACUCAGUUCCCUUUUCUUCCCCUGUUUAUAUGCUUCAUAUAACUGUGGAUUCUGAUGGACCAGCCAUCAAACUUUAACUGCCCUCUGACAGCGUGUAACUGGUUUACAAGCACACAGGACUAACACGAGCUUGCCAUCAACUUGAUGUAUAAUGUUUCUCUUUUUCCAGCUCAGGCAGCUGUUGGUGCAGGUGUUGGUUGUGGUGUCUGAAUAACGUGGUGCUUGGCUACUACGAGUUGUACCCGGCCUCCUGAAUACGCAGUGCUGUGGUUAAGUACUGCAGAGUUGGCCUUUGGAGGGAGCUUUUCUAGCCCCAAGAAACCAGCCAGAUUUAGUGUUUUUACCGGGUUGGGCUUGGUUUUCCAUUUUUUUGGAGGCUCCCGUGACCUUUUGGUGCAGUGGCUGUUCCCCUCUCUUGCACAUAUUUGAUUACCACAACUGGAGAUCCUCAGAUCUUUCAGCUGGCUAGGAGGGUUUUGUUAAAACUGUCCAAGUUACUGGUUUUUAUAAUUGUAUGUAGGUGGUUUUAAAAUGCAUUAGGAAGAAACACUAACGACGUAGCACCCAUCACGAUAAGCAUUUCAAAAAGCACUUCAGUAGAAGACAGUCACGUGACAUCACGUCCACACGUGUGAUGACAGUCAGCUCUCCUGGACCAAACCACCUUCAUGAUACCAUUGCGUUCUGUGUUUGCAAUUCAAGCUUAAUUCCCUUUUUGUUCUGUUUGUUUCCAUAGCUUUUUUUUUUUGUUGUUGUUGUUGUUGUGUUUUGUGCGUUUUGAAUAGCUUUAUUCACAUGGGUUUUUCAUGCAGACUUCCCUUGGACAGUAAAUCAAGUUGUUUGUGCAUGUGAACAACUGAGAAUUAAUGUUGGCUUGAUAGAGUCAUAAUAUGGUUUGUAAUGUUGUUCUUCCCUGAGACCACUGGCUUGUCUGGUAUGGAAAAUUUAUUUAGAACUUCAGCUAUGUUUGAAUAAAGUGAAAGUAAUCCA